AUGGCUAAUGUUCGAAUUUGCAGUGGUUACAUGUCUCCAGAAUAUGCAAUGCAUGGAGAGUUCUCGGUGAAAUCGGAUGUUUAUAGUUUCGGCAUACUACUUCUAGAGAUCAUUUGCGGCAAGAAGAAUAACUUAUACCAGGAUGAAUAUCUUGCUGGUUAUGCAUGGAAUCAAUGGAGAGACGGCACACCCUUGAAAGUGUUAGACCCAGCUAUUGUGGAUUCAAAUUCGAGAGAUCAAGUGCUUCGAUGCCUGCAUAUUUGCUUGCUAUGUAUUCAGGAAGAUCCAGCUAUUAGACCCACCAUGACAACCGUAGUUCUCUUGCUCAGCAGCAAUUCCAUUACACCACCAUCACCCCAACAUCCAGCCUUCUUUGUCCAAAUGAAAGGGCUUGAAUCGGACCAAUCCACCAGGAGGACUAUGCCUUUGUCAAUCAAUGGCGUGUCACUUACCGAAUUAUGCCCCCGGUGAAUGGCAGCGUAAGCGACAUCUUUCUUCAUGGAUGGGCUUGUGGUAAAUUAAAUAUCAUUUCUCCACACCACUUAUGUACACAUUAAAAUCUAUUCACCAAAUUCUAUCGCCUCAGACUCCUAGCAAUCCAAUCAUGAAAAUUAGUCCAAAAUACUAUUAUCGAAUAUGGAAAUUUCUAGACGUCACACAACCACUGACAAGAUAGGUGAAGACCUUACCAAAUGAAGAGUUUGGUCGCUUUGUCACGAGACGUUAUGCACGACCAUGGUCGAUAUCUAAGCACAAGAUUGGCCAAUGAAAUGGACCAUUGUCAUGUGAUUUGAUGAGAUUGAUCUAUGGAUAGGACCAUUGAUAUUUGUUUUGAUAUUAUUGUGAAAU